AUGAAGAGAUUGAGUAGAUUUUCGAUACCAAAUGUGCUUUUAGCAAUGCAUGGCGUUCUGUUUGUUGCUCUGUGCUUUUCAAGAUCGAUAUACGGGGUAUUAGUUCUUGCAUGCUGUGUUUUUAUUCACAAGAGAAUUCUAUUUCGUGUUGUAGCGAUAGCGAUGUGCCUGAUAUAUUUAUUAGUGGUUGCGAAUGAAUUCAACAGUUCUAAUUCUAAUGGCUUUGAUGGAUGUGAUUACACUGAUAGGCCAAUGACUUUGAUAAAUGCAGAUGAAUUUGAAUGCAGUUCAUCGCACAGAUGUGCUAGCGAACAGAAUGAUUCAUACGAUGAUUCGGUGUAUACGCUGCCCCCGGUAGUGAGAGAUGGAGAUGUUUGUGGACAUGAGAGCGAUUCGCAGAGAUGCAAUUGUACCAAUACCGUCGUCUGCCAUGCAUCGACGUGCUUUUACAAUGCGUAUUUGACAGGAGGUGUUUUGCCAGACAAUGCUUUUACUUAG